CGCUGAACCACGGGAGAAUCUCACUCCCAGUCUUUGCUUCCUGACGGGAGGGGGCGACUAGAGCUUCAGCGGGGAGAGAUGCGUUCGGGUGAGCAGAAGGGGAGCGGGCAGGCACAGGCAAUGGAGCCGUAAUGAGUUCAGUCCAGGCCCGGGGGAGAGGACGCUAUCUGCCCGGGCUUAUGGCAUCUGCCAGCAGGUAACAGUCUGGGCUGCGAACCGGGGAUUUGUGCAUUUUCCAGUAAGUGCUGGACUUCAACCCCUUGGGGGCACAUGGUGUCCUGUCUGCCUCCUCCCUGCCCAGAAGAUGACCAGACUGCUGUUGGGAGUUACUCUAGAGAGGAUAUGUAAAGCUGUUCUUCUUCUUUGUCUGGUGCACUUUGUCAUCAUCAUGAUACUCUAUUUUGAUGUAUAUGCCCAGCACUUAGACUUCUUUAAUCGGUUCAAUAUCAGGAACACUUCCAGAGCUCAUCCUUACUACAACUUCUCACGUCCCAAUGGGACUGUUCACAGUUACACUGCUGUCACUUCUGCAGGGGAUUCAUUUACACCCAGUGCCAAGUUGGAGCUCAAUUCGACAGUCACAGAGAAACCUUUGCUUCCAUGUCCUGAUGCACCUCCGGGUCUGGUUGGCCGCUUACUAAUUGAAUUUGGCUCUCUUAUGAGCAUGGAGCGAGUUCAGAGGGAGAAUCCUGAUGUGACAGAAGGUGGGAGAUACACGCCUCCUGACUGCCAGCCAAAAGAAAAGGUGGCAAUUAUCAUUCCUUUUAGACACAGAGAAAAUCACCUUAAAUACUGGCUUCAUUACCUUCACCCUAUAUUGCGACGCCAGAAAGUUGCAUAUGGAAUUUACAUCAUCAAUCAGUUUGGCGAGGACACUUUCAAUCGGGCCAAGCUAUUGAAUGUUGGUUUCUUGGAAGCAAUGAAAGAGGCAGACUAUGACUGUUUCAUUUUCAGCGAUGUGGAUCUUAUCCCUAUGGACGACAGAAAUUUAUAUCGUUGCUAUGAGCAGCCACGACAUUUUGCCAUUGCCAUGGACAAGUUUGGAUUCCGGUUGCCUUAUGCAGGCUAUUUUGGCGGGGUCUCUGGACUGAGCAAAGGCCAGUUUUUGAAGAUAAAUGGCUUUCCCAAUGAGUACUGGGGAUGGGGAGGAGAAGAUGAUGAUAUUUAUAACAGAAUAACACUCAAUGGCAUGAAAAUUUCCCGGCCUGAUAUCCGCAUUGGACGUUACCGAAUGAUCAAACAUGAGCGAGACAAGCACAAUGAGCCCAAUCCUCAAAGAUUCACAAAGAUUCAGAAUACGAAAAUGACUAUGAAGAAAGAUGGCAUCAAUUCAUUGCACUACCGUGUGAUUCACUCUGCCAAAUACCCCAUGUACACAAACAUCACAGUCGAUAUUGGGAAACCACCACCCAGACCUGCUCGAGGAUAAAGCAAUGCACUCAUUGGCGCUUCUUCAGACAGCCUAAUUCUUCCUCCUUUCAUUUUGGAAGAAGGAGAGGAAGAGGCAGUUAAAACCUUCCUUCUGCCUCCUCCAGGGUUUACGUUACCGGAUACUUGGCGAUUUGCCUGGUUUUUCUGCACAGCACAGAAGGACUGACCUAUUCUAGUAAAGAAUAAACAAACUUGGUGCUCAUGUGCGACAGUGUGCUGUACCUGCCAAUGUUCCGCAUGCUCAGAAAGGCAGAAUUUGUCUGCUACAUUUUAGUACUUCCUUGUUCUUCUUUUUCUUGAAACCUUUAAAACAACAGAUUGUUUCCCUCUCAGUUCCAGAAGAGGUAGCGACCAUACUGCCACUGUGAUGUUGACACAGAAAGUUGCAAGUAAAAUAUCAUAAUAGUAUAAUAGCAAUUCACAAAUAUUCCGUUUUCUUUAUCAACAGCACAGUGACUCUGCAUAAAUAUAUUAAUAGCCUAUCAAUGCAAGGUUACUUUUGGAUGCUGAAAUAGACACUUUUAAUCCCACCCUAAACACUUGCACUACAGGGCAACACUGAGAGCUAAAACUAAUGUAACCUUGCAUAUCUACUUUAAUAGGAUGCUGCUCAAAUUGACUGGUCUAGGGAUCCACUAUGGCAGCCAUGAGAGUACAAUGGGCAAGAUUGCUUUGCAGUUAGUUACUGUUCUGUGGAGGGGUAAGUUGCAACACUCAGAGACUUAUGCAGUGUUUGUUUGCGGUGUGCUGCAUAGUGUGAAUGUUACAAAAUACUCUUGGUAAGUUUCAUAAGUUAUAUUGUAUAGUGAGAAGGGAUAAGAAAAUGGGUUGAAUCACUUCAAUAGAUGCAACUUCUUUAACUGCUUUGCUGUAUUGAAGGUGCCUGCCUCGCAUAAUGAUAGAUUUAUUAACAAUGUUAUCAAUAUGUAAUUGUUUUCUCUUUAACUAAUUCCUUAUAGCCAACUUUUGUUGCAUAAAAGGUAAAACAGUGAUGUGAACGUUGAACUCCCAGUUGUGAGAGCUCUGAUAAAUGAGUCAUGGAACAGAACUAUGUAGCACAGGGAGAGUGGGGACACUCCUGGUAAAACUGUACUGCCUAGAAAAUGAGGGCAUAACUACUCUAGACAUAAUCCACCUACUAGAAAUCAAAUUUAUACAUACAAGACACAAUAACCUCAUUAAGAUAGGACAAUUGAAAUAACAAGAAACCAUUUAUUUCAAAUUAAAGAACAUCUAAUGCCCAAAAUUGCCAUCUUGUCUUCUGGUAGCAUAGGGUUGCUGUACAAAUUCCCUACACAAUCCUAUACAAUCCGAUACAUACAUGUCAUUGAUCUCGUCCUCAUGCCUGCUUCUUCAUUCUGCUAUGGACUUUCCCAGUUUGACACUUGGGAAUAUGAAUCAAGCACCUCUACCCACAGCCCCUUGCAAGUAAAUGGCCACCAGUUUGGUAAUGUGGACCAGGAUGGCAAAAAAGUGGGCCUUAGUUGCCCUUUAAUAUGUAGAGUACUAAAUGUUAUUUUCACAAAAGACAGAAUCCAGAGCAUAUGGCUUUCCAGUUUGUCGUGAAUUUGCCAAAUUUAGAAUUUAGUUUCUCUCUUUCUACUUUAUGCUGGAAACAUUUGGCUCUGCUUACAGCAUAGUAAAUGGAAGAACAGUAAUGUUACCGACUCUUGAUAUAGCUUUGCCUUUGCUUAAAAAACUAGAUAGGCAAAGUUGUUUGCUGCACCACAAUAAGGGAUGGGGUUGGCAAUUUAUUUGGAUAACCAAGGACUGCAUGAAAAUUCUUCUUUAAAACAAAGAUGCUGUCAUGUCAUGCAUGUGGGUCUCGUAUUGUAAUCUGGCAGGUCACUGCAACACAGGCAUUGGAACAUCAGCACAAAUAUGCUGCAAAAAACUGUUGUAUGUGAGCAUAACAUUGGCUGGAUAUUAGUGGAGAAAAGUGGUUGCAUGGACAUUCUGCCUUAUCCAAUAACAUAAUUUAGAAAAUGAACUUUGUGUGUGGCCUGGGCCCUCCAACAUAGACUGGAUGUACAGUACCUGAAGUACAGAUGGAGAGAAGGAGAUGGAGCUUUGUACACAGAAACAAUGUGGAACCAAGGAAGCAAGAGCGCACAAUGGAAUUCUUGGCUUCAUGGAUCACAGAACUUGGAAGAUGGAGGACAUGGUUACUAUCUGCAGAUUUGGGGAUUGGUGCAUUGCUGUGCAAUGCAGUGAUAGAAGAUUCUCAGAAUGUAAGGCCUGAUGCAAUUCCUUUUGUGUGCAAGGAACCCAUGCAAAAGGGUUACUGCAGCAAUUCUAGGGCCUUUUUUUAAUUUAAUUUUUCUCAACAUGUCUAAAAUGUUUCAUUGUUAACUAAUAGAUUUUGUAAACUUUACAUCAAGCACCAUGCUUAAGAGAAAUCCACAGGUUCCUAGUAUUGCUGCUUUCAGGUCUCAUAAUUGGCUACAGUGCAUAGAGGCGCCGACCUGCAAAACUGGGCCAAACACUUGUGCAGCAUUCAUCAGUGGCCCCGUUCUGCAGUCGGGCCCCGUACUGGGCCAACUUCUGUGUUUGCAGAGUUGCUCUUCUUUGUAUGUUGAGAGGAGGAUCUGUCCAUCCACUUUGGAUGUGUCUGCUUGUUAUUUGUCUUUUUUCUACAACUGUGGGAAAUGAGAUUUAAAAACGAUCUGCUGUUGCAAUCUCUGCCUUUACAGUUUUCAUAAAAUAAUUCAAGAAA